AUGGCAGAAGGAGAUGAAGAAAUUCUAGGAAGGAUGACAAAUGUGGAAUUGGCCAAGGUUGUGAGAGAACAAUUGGCAAAAAAUAGAGCCAUUAAAAGGGAGAUAGAAAGGUUGAAGGGCAGAAUGGAUAGGAGGGAAGUGGAAGACUCUGGAGAUGGAGAUGAUGGGGAUGAGGAUGAGACCCCAAGCUUCUUUGAAUGUGAGGAGAUCCCUGAGCACCAAAGGGUAAAGAUAGAAAAGUCCAAGUUGAAAGGAGCAGCCUUGACUUGGUGGAACUUUAUCCAGACAGAGAAGGUGAGGAAUGGUAAGAACAUGAUCAAUUCAUGGAAUAAGAUGAUUGCUUUGGUUAAGGAAACCUAUGUACCUGAGGACUAUGGAGUGCAACUUCAUAGAAGAAAACAAAAUCUUAAACAAAAAGACAUGGAUGUAAGCACAUAUACUGAGGAAUUCUUGAAGUUGUGCAUAAAGGCCAAGACCAUAGAGACUGAGGAAGAGAAGUUGGCAAGAUACAUCAAUGGUCUGAAAUUUUCCAUACAAGAUGAGUUGAAUCUUCACACCCCUAGAAGUGUACACAAAUGCUAUCAAAUUGCAUUGAAGGUAGAAGAAAAAUUCAAGAAGAAACAAGAUCAGAAUAGCAGUAGAGGAAAUUUCAGAGGUAGAAGACCAAACUUCAGAGGUAGAUCACAAGGGAGAGGCCCCAUAAGAUGUUACAAUUGCAACCAAGAAGGUCACAUUGCUAGUAGGUGUCCUGAGAAGGCAAACCACAACACCAUGGGAGAAAGGAGGAGCAAUCUGAUCCAAGAAUCUGAUUGCCAAAGUGUGAACAGCAGCAACACUUUUCAAAGUGUGAAUGCACUUGAUUCUUAUGGAUAUCCGGAAAGAGGUGAAGCCUUGAUGAUGAGGAGAGCACUCCUAAAGGUUCCUAUCACAAAAGAACCCCCACAAAGGAAGGCAAUAUUCAAGACAACUUGCAAAUUAGGAGGUAAAGUCUGCAAGGUUAUAAUAGACUCAGGUUCAACUAAAAACUUUGUGUCCGUGGAGAUGGUGGAGAAGCUUAAGCUUAAGAGGAUACCACAUUCUUAUCCAUACAAGGUGUCAUGGCUCACUCAAGGGCAGCAAGCUCUUGUAGAAGAACAAUCUUGGGUUGAAUUUCAGAUUGGCACCUACAAGGACAAACUUCUUUUUGAUAUAGCUAAGAUGGAUGCUUGUCAUUUAUUGUUUGGUAGGCCUUGGCAAUAUGACUUGAAGGCACAUCAUGAUGGUUUUAGGAACACCUAUUCUAUCACCAAAGAUGGGAAGGUCAUAGAAUUGCUACCUUUGAUGGAGAAUGAGGAAGAACAUAAAGAGAAAGAGGCUAAGGUGAUGCUGAUGGAAAGUAAGGAGUUCAUGAAGGAGGUAAAAGAGGAAGGAGGAGUAUGUUUUGCAUUGAUACCUAUUCCUAAGAAGGAGGUUGCAGAUGUAGGAGCAGCAGAUCAACAAGGAAGACCUAGGAUGGUUCCUUAUAAAGUGCAAGAGCUUCUUGACAAGUAUAAGGGUGUGAUUUCAGAGGGUAUGCCUAAGACCCUCCCUCCUAUUAGAGAAAUCAGUCAUUGCAUUGACUUUAUACUAGGAGCAACAUUGCCCAACAAGGCUGCAUACAAACUAACCCCUCAACAAAAUUAA